AUGGCCAUGAACUUGGUUCAGCAAGUCAAGGCUCGCGCCAGGAGCAUUCAGCUUGACAAGGCCAUCACCCCCGAGGCGUCCAAGCGAUCCAGCAGCUUGCCAACAAAGGCCCAAGAUGACCAGGCCAAAAGAAAGGAAAACAUUAGACAUGCUCCGGAAUCUUCAUCCUCUUCGGCCGGUACCGUUCGUCACUACAAGAGCAUGCUCGAUGUGGAUGAUGCGCCCAAGAUUGGUCCAUCCCAUCCCAUAUCAUACGAUGAUCUCUAUCACAGCCAUCUGAAGGACCCUCCGAAAAACAAACAGCCAAUUUCCAUCCCUGCCCGACCUCUGGAACCUGCUAAUGGGAAGCUCAACUUGCCCGAACAUGACUCCUCUAGUCGGCCACAGUCCUCCGAAGGUUCUCCUGCUACCUCCCCGCCGCCAUCGGCGGCGCCGGCGUCGCCCCCCGCCGGCAAGCUUGUUUCUGCGAACGAAAUCGAAGAAGCCAUUUCUAACGCGUCCAUAGCUGGCGGUGUCCCCAUGGUGGCGGCUCCCUCCAGCGACCUUAGGAACAUUGUUCGCCGCAAGCUGACUGGCUACGUCGGCUUUGCUAACCUGCCUAAUCAAUGGCACCGUAAGAGUGUCCGCAAGGGAUUCAACUUCAACGUAAUGGUUGUCGGAGAAUCUGGUCUUGGAAAGUCGACUCUGGUCAAUACCCUUUUCAACACCUCCCUGUACCCUCCUAAGGAGCGCAAGGGUCCUAGCCUGGACAUUAUCCCGAAGACUGUUACCAUUCAGUCCAUCAGUGCCGACAUUGAGGAGGCCGGCGUUCGUCUCCGCCUGACCGUCGUUGACACUCCGGGCUUCGGUGAUUUCGUCAACAACGACGAGUCAUGGCGCCCCAUUGUCGACAACAUUGAGCAGCGUUACGACGCAUACCUCGACGCCGAGAACAAGGUCAACCGCAUGAAUAUUGUUGACAACCGCAUUCACGCCUGCGUCUUUUUCAUCCAGCCUACUGGCCACUCCCUGAAGCCCCUCGACAUCGAGGUCAUGCGCCGCCUUCACACCAAGGUCAACCUGAUCCCUGUCAUUGCCAAGGCUGAUACCCUCACCGAUGAGGAGAUUGCGAACUUCAAGUCCAGAAUCCUGUCCGACAUCAAGUACCACGGUAUCCAGAUCUUCGAGGGCCCCCGCUACGAGCUCGACGAUGAGGAAACCAUUGCCGAGAACAACGAGAUCAUGUCCAAGGUCCCGUUCGCUGUCGUCGGUGCUACCAACGAGAUCACCAACGCCGAUGGACGCAAGGUUCGCGGACGUAGCUACCCCUGGGGUGUCAUUGAGGUCGACAACGAGGAGCACUGCGACUUCGUCAAGCUUCGCCAGAUGCUCAUCCGUACGCACAUGGAGGAGCUCAAGGAGCACACCAACAACAGCUUGUACGAGAACUACCGUACCGACAAGCUCAUCGGCAUGGGCGUGUCGCAGGACCCCAGCGUUUUCAAGGAGGUCAACCCUGCCGUCAAGCAGGAGGAAGAGCGCGCUCUGCACGAGCAGAAGCUCGCCAAAAUGGAGGCCGAGAUGAAGAUGGUCUUCCAGCAGAAGGUUGCCGAGAAGGAGAGCAAGCUGAAGCAGAGCGAAGAGGAGCUCUACUCUCGCCACAGGGAGAUGAAGGAGCAGCUCGAACGUCAACGAAUGGAGCUCGAAGAGAAGAAGCAAAGAGUCGAGAGCGGUCGGCCCAUCGAGAAGGAAGGCAAGCGGAAGGGCUUCUCGCUCCGUUAA